CAUGUCCUUACGUACAGUUUCAUCCAUCCGUUGUUGAGUGUCAAGUUCGUUUGGAAAUUUGUAAAAAAACAGAGUGACAUGGCUGAAGAAUAGACAGUAAAUUAGCAGAGUUGAACUAUGGCAACCUCUAAUUACAAGAAAGAAGAUGUUCCUCAGGCAUCAGAAGAUCCUCCUCAGGCGUCAGAAGAUCCUUCCUUAGAUGUCCAAGAGAAAUCAGAAGAAAGCAAGGGAAGGCAGGAGGAGCCUGUUGCUAAGGUGGAUUCUAAAGGUGUUGAGAAGGACGGUAGCACAGAGGCAGAGAUUCUUCCCAUCCCAGACACAUGUAUAGAUCAUCUCACUCAAGGAUUGCUAGAUGCUAUACUUCCUCACUUCCAGAAACAUGAUGAGUCACUUACAGAGCUUACGAGAAACCAAGUUCUAUUGAUUGAAACUCUCCAGCAGGAAAACACAAAAUUUGCAGAGAACAAGAUAGUUGAGGAUCUUACAAAGAUGAUGCUUGAAGCCAAGGUGUACCAGGGCAAAUUGACAGCCAUCAAAAAGGAGAUGACAUCAUUACAUGAAAAGUCUAGCAAAUUAAAAAAAAAAGCUUUAAAGCUGCAACAGCAGAAAAUGAAAGAGAAUCUUGAGAAGGAACAACAGAGAGAAAGAGAGAUUGAAGAGGACAGAAAGCUCACUGCAAAAAGACCAAACGCUUCUUCAUCAAAGAAGACAGCUCCACAUAGGUAGCCAAGAAUUAUUAAGACAUAGAGAUUUAUAGAACACCAGCGAAUAAGUGCAACGUAUUAAAUAUAUAUACGAAAGUUUGUAUUAAUUUACAUCGGUUUUUCAUCAAAGACUGUUUUAACAAAUAUUGAUGGGUGAGUAUUGAUGUAUUGAAUGCACAAUUAUUUUGAUGCAAAUUAUGAGAUUGAAGCAUUCCAGGCAGUAUUGGUGAAGUGUUUGAACAGUACUGAUCGUCAGUACCUAGGAAUCAUGCAAGGAGCUUCUUGUAGCUACGGUAAUCAGAAUUGGUGCUCUGAGAAAGAUGAGGGAGAGGGACAUUGACGCUUGAGAAUUUUUUUUUUUCUUCUGAUUUUGAAGGCUAUUUUUUGAAAUGCCAACUUGUAGCAUUUUAUCUGAUAGGUUUUUUGAAGUUUUCAAAUAUACCCACGCUUUUAUGACAAACAUGUGGUCAGCUGCUAAACAAGAGGGGUUGAAUAUCAUUUGCCAUUUUCCUGUUGUUUAUAAAUCAUUCCAUUGAAUGGACAGAAAUGUGUAAUAUUUAUUGAUUAUUCUAAAUUGGCCAAUAGGAAAUAAUAAGAGAAUUGUAAAA